AUGGACUCGGGUUCUCUCCAAGGGGAAAGAGAGUUCCAAAAUGAGUUGCUUUUUGCUUCACAGCUUGAUUCUUCUUAUAUUGUUACAGCAAUUGGUUUUUCCUAUGAUAGGAAGCAUCGUAGUUUGUUGUUAGUGUAUGAUCUUAUGCAAAAUGGGAACUUGCAGGAUGCUUUACUUCACAGAAAAUGUGUGGAGUUGGUUGAUUGGAAGAAAAGAUUUAGCAUUGCUGUUGAUAUUGCUAAAGGGAUUGAGUAUCUUCAUAGUUUGGAUCCUCCUGUUAUUCAUGGAGAUAUUAAGCCUAGUAAUAUUUUGCUUGAUCUGUGUUUUAAUGCAAAGGUUGCUGAUUUUGGAUUAGCUUGGUUAAAAAUAGAUAAUAGUAAUCAGAAUCAGAAUGAUCAGAAUCAGUGUGAUCAGAGUCAGUGUGAGAUUAAGGUGGAAGAGAGUGAUAAAUCAAAUGGUGGGUUGGAGUUGAAAAAGGCUGAAUUGGAGAGUAAUAAUGGGGGCGAGGAUUAUGGAUCUGUAGCGGAGGAGACUGAGAGUGUGACUACUGGGUUUGAUGAGUUUAAUUUGGGGGUGGAUCAGUCCCCGGUUUGUAUGACUUCACCGGAGACUUUGGAGGCUGUGAGUGCUUCUCCGGAGACUGGUGGUAUGGGGGUUUUGCCAGAGGGGAAUUUGGAUGCGGUUAGUAUUGAGGGUGGGGAAGAAUUAGUUGAUGGGGAGACAAGGAGUGGGAAAGGGAUUAAGAGCGCAUCUCGAAAGGAUGGGUGGUUGAAGCAAGAAAAUGGAGGUGCGACGGCGGAGAAUAAGGGAGUGAAGGAUUAUGUUAUGGAAUGGAUUGGAACUGAGAUAAAGAAGGAGAGACCAAAAAGUGAUUGGAUUGGAGCUUCAUCGUCAUCGAAUAGUCAGCCUGUUGGGAAAAUAGAUAAGAAGAAGAAUCGAAAGAGAUUGGAUUGGUGGGUUUCAUUAGAUGAUGAUAAGGAUGAGAAGGUUUUGAAGAAGGAGAAGAGAAGGCCGCCAAGGGAAUGGUGGAAGGAGGAGUAUUGUGAAGAGUUAGAAAAAAAGAAAAAGAAGAAGAAAAAGAAGAAGAGAGAAACGGGGAUGACUAGUGAUGAUAAUAAUGGAGGAGAAGAUUGGUGGCCAAGAGAUGAGGAAUUGUACAGUGAGAGAAAGAAGAAGAGGAGUAAGAGUAGAGGGAGCAGAGGCAGUCUUGAAUGGUUUAGCGGUGAGCUAUUUAGAGGUAACCGGAAUAGUCAUGAUUCUUUGAGUGGAGAGAUACCAAAGAGUGGUGGAAUCAGUAGUACACCAAGCAUGAGAGGAACUGUUUGUUAUGUUGCCCCUGAGUAUGGUGGUGGGGGGAAUCUAUCAGAGAAGUCUGAUGUGUAUAGCUUUGGAGUUUUAUUGUUAGUUCUUAUAGCUGGGAGGCGUCCACUUCAGGUUACUACCUCCCCGAUGUCUGAAUUUCAACGUGCUAAUCUAAUGCAUUGGGCUCGCAAUCUUGCUCGUGCUGGAAAGCUUCUUGAUUUGGUUGAUAAGUCUGUACAGUCUUUGGAUCGGGAACAAGCUGCAUUAUGCAUCACGGUUGCUCUUCUUUGUUUGCAAAAGUCACCUGCUCGCCGUCCUUCAAUGAAGGAGGUUGUGGGGAUGCUCACUGGAGAGUCACAGGCACCUCAAUUACCCACUGAAUUUUCUCCUUCACCUCCUACACGAUUCCCUUUCAAGUCCAAGUCACAUAAGAAGGUUCGGUAA